UUAAACCAUCCAAGUUAAAUGCCUCCGUUCCGUUUGAGUGGAAAAUCGAGUUUGAAAGGAAACGAACGGGAGGAGAAAACCCUAAAACAGAAACAGAGGCGGGCAAAGUAAAGAUAUCAACACUUUAAAAACGACGGCAGCAAAGGUACGAAGAAAUAUCUAUAGAAACGUUGAAUUCAUAAAAGUAGCAAAACAGAAUGAGCCAAAAAUCUCGUCCAGAUUCCAAGCAGCACAAGAGGUUUUGCUUAAUGAGUAACUUCAAUGGCGGCGGCGGCCGUGGAGACAUGGCGAUGAUUAUUAAUGUCCCUAAAGAGGAUUUGGAGCUUGCGGACCUUAAGUACCACCACCACCACACCUUUCCUCCUUUGCAAUUACCUGACAUCGGACGACCUAUCAAACAUUUUCUGAGGACGAGAGAAGUAGGUGAGUUUCUCAGUGGUGCUCUUGCAGGUGCCAUGACCAAAGCUGUUCUCGCUCCUCUCGAAACCAUCAGGACAAGGAUGAUUGUUGGUGUGGGUUCCAAACAUAUUUGUGGAAGUUUCCUAGAGGUCAUUGAACAUCAGGGUUGGCGAGGACUAUGGGCCGGUAAUGCAGUCAACAUGCUGCGCAUAGUUCCUACACAGGCUAUCGAACUUGCAACAUUUGAAUACGUCAAACGGGCAAUGACUUCAGCACAAGAGAAACGGAAAGAUUCUGAUGGAGCAAAAAUACAGAUUGGUCACAUCAGUUUAAAUAUCUCUCUAUCUUGGUUAUCUCCUAUAGCUUUGGCUGGUGCCUCUGCUGGAGUAGUUAGCACACUAGUCUGCCAUCCACUCGAAGUCCUAAAGGACCGCUUGACUAUAAGUCCUGAUGCUUACCCGUGUCUAAGCCUUGCAAUUGGCAAGAUUUACAAUAAUGCUGGAAUUGGUGGCUUUUAUGCUGGUUUAUCACCUACAUUAAUUGGUAUGCUCCCAUAUAGUACUUGCUACUAUUUUAUGUACGAGACAUUGAAGCAAUCAUAUUGCCGAGGUAAAAAAAAACAUUCGUUAAGCCGUGCAGAGAUGCUACUACUUGGUGCUCUAUCAGGCUUUACAGCUAGCACCAUCAGUUUUCCUUUGGAGGUAGCCAGAAAACGGUUAAUGGUAGGAACUCUACAGGGUCGGUGCCCACCCAACAUGGCAGCUGCACUUUCUGAAAUCAUUAAACAUGAGGGAGUACUGGGACUUUACAGAGGGUGGGGUGCUAGUUGUAUGAAAGUUAUGCCAUCCUCGGGCAUCACUUGGAUGUUCUAUGAAGCAUGGAAAGAUAUUCUGCUUGCUGGGAGACAUCCCCAGUUAUAAGGAAUUUGAGUGUGCGAAUCUUAGCACCAAACUUGCGACUUGACGGCAAGCUUCACUUAUAUUGAUUCUUGAUCUUGUGCUUUUUGUGGCAACAGAAAAAAAGAAAUAGCUAGAGGAACUGAAAAUAUGAACAAAGUGGAAUUGCGGAUGAUACAGAAAGACAUAACUUGUGAAAAGUUUGCAUAACAUGCAUCUACUGGAACGCUCCUUUCUGCACUCCAUGUGUUCUGCAGUUGGGGUGAAGUUUACAUGAGGUGCAAACCUUCUUGCUUGCCAUGCAUAAGUUUUUACCAUGAAUUUUAUGUACUUUUAGAUUUUUUGUACCGUACCGUAAGCUUUUAAAUAUCAUCCAAGUUGUCUUACAUCUGCAACUGCAACUUUAAUAUAUGAUGUUUCUCGUG